CUGAUGAAUAAAGGCAAAGGUUCCUACCGGACUGUGUUUUGUAGAGGACAGGAGGUCGAAUAACAGGAAGAGGAGCGGCCGCCACUAUGGCGGAGACGCACAGCUUGCAGGACCUGCGGCAAGCAGCCGUCGCCUCCAAGGUUUUCGUUCAGAGAGACUACAGCUCUGGAACUAUCUGCAAGUUCCAGACCAAGUUCCCGGCAGAGCUGGAGAGCAGGAUUGAAAAGCAGCAGUUUGAGGAGACCGUACAGACCCUGAAUAAUCUCUAUGCAGAGGCGGAAAAGUUGGGCGGCAGGUCAUAUCUGGAGGGCUGUCUGGCCUGUCUCACUGCGUACACAAUCUUCCUCUGCAUGGAGACCCACUAUGAGAAAGUGCUGAAAAAGAUUGCCAAGUACAUCCAGGAGCAGAAUGAGAAGAUCUACGCUCCUCUUGGUCUUCUCCUGACUGAUCCCAUAGAGAGGGGCCUCAGGGUUGUGGAGAUCAUUAUUUUUGAGGAUAGAAGUAUUGGUUCAAGAUAAAACACACCAAAGGAUCAUGUUUGGAUCGUGAUUAUUGGCCUGCUGGAUUCAGAACCUGCUUCUCCAUCUCAUGAUAUCACAACCCUAUUGCUUUAAAUGUAGAUAGUAUACCUUUAUUUCCAGACCACCGAUCCAUUCAUUUGUUUUUGUUUUUUUUUACAGAGGGAGAGAGUGGUUAUAUUAUGUAUCUUAGUGAAACUCUCCAAACCAGCUUUCCCUCAGUUAACAGCUUUCCAAUGUCUUACUUAAUCUGAGUUGUGCCAUGUAAUUUUAUAUUGCAGCUCCAGUGCGUUCCCUUCUCUUGUUUUCUGUGUGUACUUGUCUUGAAUGGGAAGUAUGGAUUAAGUGAACAAUGAUCAGUCACAAUACAGUUGAAUCUUGAUUAUUCAGAUCUUUUGUGACUGUGUUCUUACAGUAA